UUUUGGCGAAUGGCUUUGUUUUAUAACAAGUAAUGACUUAAAUCAUUUCUAGUUAUCAUCCAUAUUGAUAAAAUAACACUUUAAAAAUGGACCAGGACUUUGUGGACAUGGAUUCAGAGGGCCGGUGGCAGAACUUAUACAUAGAAAUACGGAAUCAGUCCCAUGAAUGCCCUUUAAAAGUUGCUAAAUAUCCAGAAAAUCGCAACCGGAACCGAUACAGAGAUGUCAGUCCAUUUGAUCACAGCAGAGUUAAACUGGAGAACACAGAGAACGACUACAUCAACGCCAGCCUGGUGGUCAUGGAGGAGGCCCAGAGGAGCUACAUUUUAACUCAGGGUCCUCUGAGGAACACCUGUGGUCACUUCUGGUUGAUGAUCUGGGAACAGAAUACCAAGGCUGUCAUCAUGCUGAACAGAGUCAUAGAGAAGGGAUCAGAAAAGUGUGCUCAGUAUUGGCCAACGCAGGACGAGCAUGAGAUGCCGUUCAGAGAUACACAUUUCCUGAUAACGCUGAUUUCAGAAGACGUCAAGUCUUACUACACAACCAGAGUGCUGGAGCUGCAAAAUGAUAAGACGGGGGAGAAGAGAGAGAUCUAUCACUUUCACUACACCACCUGGCCUGACUUUGGUGUCCCAGAAUCGCCGGCGUCCUUCCUCAACUUCCUGUUCAAGGUGCGGGAGUCUGGCUCGUUGGGGGCGGACCACGGACCGGCGGUAGUGCACUGCAGCGCUGGAAUUGGCCGCUCAGGGACCCUCUCAUUGGUUGACACCUGUCUGGUCCUGAUGGACAAGAGGAAAGACCCAUCGUCUGUGGACAUCAAGGCUGUGCUGCUGGACAUGAGGAAGUACCGUAUGGGUCUGAUCCAGACUCCUGACCAGCUACGUUUCUCCUACAGGGCUGUCCUGGAGGGAGCCAAGUACAUCAUGGGGGACUGCUCUGUACAGAAAAUGUGGCGUGAGCUAUCUAAAGAGGACCAGGACCCAGUGUCUGAUUCUGAAUCCCUUCUUCCUACCCAGCCACCCUCCAAGUGUCCCCUGGAGAAAUACAAUGGCAGCCGGGUGUCCCGGGGGGAAGACGGGGGUGAAGGAGAGUUGGGGGAGAGAACGACGGGGACAGAGUCACCAAAUAAGGAACAGGAUGUGGACGAGAGCACAGCU